GAUGAUAAUGAUAAUACAAACAAACAUAAUUUUACUGUGCCUAAAAAAGUGCACUACAUAGCCACAGUUUCACAAGACAGUGAUUCAGUAUCUCUGAAAACGCAUAGAAAACAAAAACAUAGAAGAGAAGAAAUAUCAAAGCUUGUGUCUCUAUCUAUCUCCCUCACCUUUUCUUUCAUCCUACUUAUUCCACUCCAUCAUUCAAUAACCAACCGCUCAUUUUUAGUUACAUCUUUUUCCAAACACUGUCUAGCUCUUGUUCACAAAAACAUUCAAUACCAAUACCUCUUUUGCUUCGAUAGAUGUUCAUGAUUGGAUAGAAAGUUUCAUGCCUAAUUUUUUAGGCCUUGGUGCUGAGAAUUAGUAUAUAGUAUUGUUUUGAACUUUGAAUUUGAUCAACUUUUGAUCAAUUUUGGAGCAAGAUGUCUGAGAGGAGAUUGAACAUCAAUGCUCCUCUAAUGUCCGUGCGGCGCAAUUCAGCUACGUCGCCGUCGUUAACAGAAUCAAAGAGGAAGAUAUUAGAGAAACGAAACACUCUUGCGGGUUACAAAUCAGAAAUGGCAUUGGAUCAGGUUACAGAACCUGUUGCAGUGCCUUUCAAUUGGGAGCAUAUACCUGGAAGAUGCAAAAGUACUAAUACUGGAUCUGAAGUACUUCAAAUUCCUCCUAAGAACCCUAAAAUCGGUCCAAUUCCUCGGCUUCCUCCGGGAAAAUCUAUCAAAUCUGGUAAUCAGAAGGAUUCUGUUGUUGAGAAGAAUUUCACUUCCUCGAAUAAAUCAAAGUCUUUUAGCGGAAAUUUUGUUAAACUAGAUUGUGAUAGAGAAAGAGAAGCUGAGAAAAGAAUUGAGAGCAGAAGAUCUUAUGUUAAGGAGAAGGAGAAGGAGGAUAACGACGAUGAUAAUGCUUAUUCUGAUGCUGUUGAAACACUGUCGCAUUUAACAGAAUCAUUCUCUGUGAACUGCAGUGUGAGUGGUGUAAGUGGAUUGGAUCAUGAUAAUUUGGAUUCAAAGAGGUUUGGAACAUUUUCUACUGAUCAACAAACAAGAGACUUCAUGAUGAACCGAUUCUUACCGGCCGCGAAGGCUAUGACAUUGCAGCCUUCUCAGUAUUCUUCAAAAAAGCAAUCUGUACUAGUUGAACAACAGCCUAGAGAUGUUAACAAAUUGAUUCAGAAUGCGAAGAAGCCGUUGGUAACCGAUAUUGUACCGUAUACUGGUAUACAUCAAGAGGAAGAAAGUGAAGAUGAAGAUGUAGAUGAAGGUGAUGUUUAUGAUAAUGAUAAUUCUGAUAAUGUCUUGGGUAAAGGAUGUGGUUUGAUACCGCAUUUACAGCUUAGAAAUUCGUUGUCGAUGUUAAAUCCGGUGUCAGGAAUGAAAAUGAAGAAUCAAGUUUCCUUGCCGCCUUCUGCUUGUGAGGUUGUGAAACCUAACAAAAGAUCACAUAUUCGAUCUUUUAGUCCAAUUCCUGCUGUGAAAAAGGCUUGGGAAGCAAUUCACAGAAACAAGUCAAGUGCUGGAACGGCGACAUCACCUGAUAUGCAAGAAAGAAAGAAGAGAUGGAGCAGUGAAUCAAACAGGUUUGCUUAUUCAGGCGAGUUGCUUCCAGGUAGGCUCUCUCCGUUCCGGCGUUCACGAGCAUCUGCAGCAGGCAUAUCUCCUAGUAGAACUAAACCUCAAUCUCCCUUUCGCGGCACAAAGUUGCCUGGGAACUCUAAAGAGAUUGAGAACAAUAUAUCUGGAAAUUUGAAAUUCCACAGCACAGGACUAGGAAAAUUUCAAGGAGUUCCAACCCAAGGAGCAAAAAGAGGUUCAUAUUCCGGAAGUUUGGCAAUCGAAAAGACAUUGUACAUAGAUAACUCAAGUACUGUCAAAUUGUCAUCUUCAAAGUUAAGUUCUGUAGAUAACAAAAGGAGGAUAGAUACUAUGAUUGCGGAUUUCGACAAAAGAAGAGAGAAAGAAAGAAAUUCCAGCGUAGAAAUUUCUCAAGAUACAAAACAUGUACAAUCAUUAGAUUUGGAAGAAAAAGUCACAUUGGAUUAUGAAGUGUUAAGUUCUUUAGGUGGAAACUCUACAACUUUGUCUGGUAUGCUACAUCAUAUAGCCAAAGAAUACGAAGCUGAAGUAGUGACGCCCGAUACAUAUAUCAACCACGAACGCGUGUUGGUGCAACCUGUGCGAGGGACAUUUGAUGAAGAUUCGGAUACCAACAGCAACAAGCAAAUUGUGUUAGCUAGUUCUCCUCUUCCACCACCAUUGCCAAAGUCGCCUUCCGAGUCUUGGCUUUGGCGCGCCCUGCCUAUAAAUUCGCUUAAGAAUUCUUUCAUGCAUUCAAAUCAAGGGACAAAAUCUCAUGCUAAAAGAAAUGAUUCCAAUGCAGCAUCUAGCAAUGUCAAGUGGGAAACCAUAGUGAAAACUUCGAAUUUGCAUCAUGAUCAUAUUCGUUAUUCUCAGGAACUACCAUCGCGUAAGUCUCAUCAUUCAAAAUCAUAAAGAUGGAACAAUGAUAGUGUUUUUCUUGAAUUGUAUAGUAUAUAGAGGAAAAUCAAAAUCAGUUUUGAUGAUCAAUGAGUGUAGACAGGCACGUAUCGAUCAAUGUUGUGUGCCUUUCUUCAUGUUAUUUUAGUCUUCUUGGCUUCCUGCUGCUUGAUCAGAGGAAUGAUUCUUUGCAUUCCCUCAUCUGGAGGAAUCAGCAGUUAUUUUUUAUGUAAAAGUGAUACAAGUGAUUAUUCAUACUUUAUUGAUUGAUAUCCUUUUGAUACA